ACCAGCAUAAGAGUAUUUCGUUCCACUACCCAAACAUACACCAAAUUUGAGAAGAAUAGCCGACCCCCUUUUUUACCCAUUGCUGGGAAACUCUGCUGGAUUUUCUCUGUUUUCUCAGACGACAAAGAUCAGUUGGCAAUGCAUGAACAUGUAGAUUCGGAUCACCAGUUAAUGGUGGAAGGUGGUUUCCCGUAUCCACAUAGAAUGGAUAUUGAUCCAAGAAGGGAACGGUUUCCAUGCUGCAUCGUUUGGACACCUCUACCCGUUCUUUCAUGGUUCAUUCCUUUCAUCGGCCACGUUGGAAUUUGCAGAGAAGAUGGAACUAUUCUAGAUUUUGCAGGGCCUAAUUUUGUUUGCGUUGACCAUUUCACUUUUGGACCAGUGGCUCGCUAUUUGCAAAUUAACAAAGAUAAGGAAUGCAGCAUUUCUCCCCAUUCAUCUGCACUUAAAGGGGAUGUUGAAAGCCAGCAUGAUGAUCCUAGAAGGGAGACAUUAACAUGGGAUGAUGCUCUUCGAAAAAGCACGAUGGAGUUCCAACACCGAGCAUACAGCCUUUUCACCUGCAACUGUCAUUCAUUUGUAGCAAACAACCUGAACAGGUUAGGCUUUCAUUCUGGUGGUUGGAAUGUAGUGAACAUUGCUCUUCUCGUCUUGCUCAAGGGACAGUGGGUAAACAGAAUCGGGUUUUUGCGAACAUUCUUGCCAUUUGUAAUCAUAUCUGGUCUCGGUCUCGUGUUUGGUGGAACAACUUAUCUGUUUUUCUUGGCCCUCUUUGCAUCCCUUCUUGUUGGUUGGUUCCUUCUUGGUACUUUCUGUUUCAAGAAUUUGAUCCAAUUGUAGCUUUUAAGUUUAUCUCUCCAGCUCCAUUAACGUUGAAUGAUCUGCUUGUUAAUAUUCAUGGCUAUU